GGCCAUCAUGAUAAAUUCGAGAUGACCAACGAGCUGCAAUAUUGGUACUCCUCUACAUGCAGCGGGACCCUACGAAGAAGUCGACUGUAUUCCGAUCACAAGAACCCAUCAAGCCGUAUUAUGUCAUAAUGAUCUAGUGUUAGCCUCCUGCCACCCCACCGCAUCAACCUCUCCCCUCACCCGCCAUCUUCACGUUGCCCGCCGUGCCCACACACCCUAUAAGGCUACAAAAAUCCAUUCAUCUACCACUAUGUCAGCGUCCGAGUUACUGUCGUCCACCAGCAACACCUCCGUUAAGAAGCAGAAAGGCAAGGAUAAACCUGAGGAUGCACUAGAGACAGACGCCGACGUCAAGAGGCAGGAGGCCAAGAUGAAGAGGGAACGUUUGGUAACAAGAUUAGCUCUGGGAGUCUCGCUGCCAUCGGGACUCCAGCUGCAACCUCAGGACCGCUGGGAGGCUUUUCUUGUCCGGGCGGAAAGGCGGUUGAGGAUGCAACUCACAUUAUCGACGAUCGUCCUAUUUAGCUCCAUCCUGUUCAUAGCAUCAGCGCAUUUCACGCAGCCGCACCCUUUGACGUCUACCGCCUCCUACAAGGCGUUUCUAGUAACGGCCUUCUUGUCAUCCGGCUCACUCGUUCACAUCAUCUGUACCAUCCCCAGGAUACGGGUCAUUUUACAACGACCUGUGUUCCCUCUCUUAUGGCUGUCUGUCGGUAUCGCAUUCAACGUCUCCGCGAGUCCUUCUAUGAUGGUCACCCUCGCACUCAUAAGUUGGGAACAGACUAGUAGUGUUGGACUGCUAAUUUUUUGCAUCGUCUUUACCGUUCUGCUCACCAUAUUAUGCAUACUGGCAGACAUUUUCUUAGACACCAUUACUACAUCCCAUGAUGUGUGACCCGCAUCCACCUUUACUGUAUAGCAGUCCGCUCGCCUGUGGACAUUUAUCUUGAUUUGUUAUAACUUACAGCAAUAAAGAUUUUCGCGAUGAUUUCGCACUCUCGACA